AUCAAACUGCCAAUUUCAGAAAGUACCCAUUUUUUUACUUUUGCUCCAUCUCGGGGCCGUGGGCUUCUCUCUCCUCCAUUUCUUGAAAUAAAACCCUAUCUGCAAUCCAAAUUCCCCUUCCCCUCUUUCUGCUUUUCUUUGUCUGUAUAAUCAGAUCCGUCGAUAGGAUCCAUUCAUCGAUUUGUCGUUAAUCGCCCCGUUCUCGCGCAAUCAAAUGCGAAGACAUUCGAAUCUCUCAUUUUAUUUCUCCCCAUCUUCCAAUAUUCUCUGAAAGGCUCUCACUGCUUCCCAAUUCCAUGCUAUCUUCAUUCCAGUUUUGAUUUCGCUGUUCUUCUUCUUGAAAAUUUGGGAUUUUCGGCCGGGAUAGAAAGGCUGGCGAUUGUUCCGUGUAUUUGGUAAUGGCGGAAGCGCCUCCUGCCCGCCUCAGGUCUAUUCUCGUCUUUGCUUCCCAGUUUGAAGAGUCCGUUUGCGUGGGUGAAGGUGGUUGUGGUUAUGAAGUGAGUUCUUUAACUUUAGAUUCAGUGAGAAAAGUGUGGACUGAUCUGCUUAUCCCAGAAUGGUGACUGUGGCGGGAGUGCAUCUCCCGUCAGAGAUACCCAUAGUAGGAUGCGAACUUACGCCUUAUGUUCUUUUGCGUCUGCCCGAUAGUUCUGUAACUCCAGAUGAUGUUCCCGAGUCCUCCCCCAUCAAUGGCCAAUUCUUGAGAUACAAGUGGUAUCGAAUACAAAGUGACAAGAAAACUGCCAUCUGUAGUGUUCAUCCAUCUGAGCAAGCUACAUUACAGUGCAUUGGAUGUGUGAAAGCAAAAAUUCCUGUCGCUAAGAGUUACCAUUGCUCCACUAAGUGUUUUGCACAUCCAUGGCCACAUCACCGUAGUUUGCAUGAACAUGCUGCUAGUGCUGUCAAUGACAACACAAAUGAGGAUGAAGAAGCAGUAUGCUACAACAACACAACAACUUUGCAUCCAUCACAAUCUGCUUCUAGCUUGGCAAAUGGCACAACACCUUUAUAUCCAUCAUCAGUUGCACAGAGGAAUGGUGGUGAAGCCUGGGUUGAAGUUGGACGGCUUAAGACAUAUACACCAACAACUGAUGAUAUUGGACAUCCCCUUAAAUUUGAAUGUGUUGUUUUAGAUGCAGAAACCAAUCUUUCAAUUGGACUGGCGAAUACUAUAUUGACAUCUCAUGUGAUUCCAGCUCCAUGUCCUACACCACGCCGCUUAAUUUCAGUCAGAGAAGGUGACGUUUCAGCAAUUCCUGAUUUGGGUGGCCGCAUUUCGUCUUCUGGAACAUUUACUGUGCUCUCGUACAAUAUAUUAUCUGAUUCAUAUGCCACAAGUGAAUUAUACAGUUACUGCCCGUCUUGGGCCCUUUCUUGGACAUAACGUAGACAGAAUCUAUUGCGUGAAAUAACUGGCUAUCGUGCUGACAUUGUUUGUCUUCAAGAGAAUCUAUUGCGUGAAAUAACUGGCUAUCGUGCUGACAUUGUUUGUCUUCAAGAGGUUCUAAGUUAUCAUUAUGAAGAGUUCUUUCGUCCUGAACUGGACAAACAUGGCUAUCAAUCUUAUUUCAGAAUGAAAAGUUGUGAGGUUA